UUUUAAAGCCAUCAAAUGUGAGUUACUCAUUGGUGCGACGGCCAUGAUCGGAAUGUAAAGAAAAUUUUGGAGUUUAAAGUAAAAUUCACGUUUAAAUGCGUUAGUGUAGAACAUUGAAUAGACUCAGUGCCAUCUAUUUCAUCGAUUACCGGACUUGAAUUGAGCGCAAAUUGUGUCAAAAAGUGCGAUUUUGACGUAUUUUGACCACUGGAAGAACUCCCCCGUAGAUAUGACGUCAUCCGUUUCCGGGCUUCCGCAGAGACCGACGCCGUGCUACGCCGGACAUUCCUACAUCCACGCACGAGCGUCGCUCCCCGGUGGCCUCCCCGUCGGCGUCCCUGUGCCACACCCCGCAUUCCUUAACACACCGUUCCCGUAUACACUGACUCUGAAUAACUUAUAUUUCAACAUGAGUCAGUUUGUCGGCACCGGCGUCGGCAAAAUGGAGUUCCUGUCGUCGGAACGAUCUUUGAGAGAAUCUUCUGACCACCUUCAUCUAGCGGCGUUUUGUGCGCGUUCCGGUCCGGUAGCGCCUAAUACGACGACGGAAUCUAGGAGUCACCGAAGGGGGAUGUCGCUUCCGAGUUCGCCCAAUUCCUCAUACUCAGAUGCCGACAGCUCGGUCGUUUCCGGUCACAACACGUCGUCUGAGUUGGAGUCCACUCCACUAGAUUCCAAGAAAUCCACACGGUUCGACUUUGCUCACCUGGCAGAGUCAGUCACGCGAGAUCACGAGGAGGUGGACGAGACUUCUGAGUCACGUGACGCACACGUAAUAAGUCACGCAUACACGUUUAUACAGGAAAGAAUGAGAAUGAUGGCCCCGUUCCCCCACCCCAUGUUUGGCUUCGAGGGGCUCUCCGGGCUGCCAAAUUCCGGAAAUGGAUUCAUGGACGCCGCCUACAAACCUAGACGACAGCGAAGGACCAAGAAACAAUUCAUCUGUAAGUUCUGCGGACGCCACUUCACUAAAAGCUACAACCUGCUCAUACACGAGCGCACACAUACGGACGAACGCCCUUUUCCCUGUGACGUCUGCGGAAAGGCAUUCCGCCGCCGGGAUCACUUGCGGGAUCACACGUACAUUCACUCCAAGACGAAACCUUUCACGUGCGCAAUAUGCGGUAAAGGAUUCUGCCAGUCCCGCACCCUACAGGUCCACAAGGCUACGCAUCAGUCUACUUGAAGACUACACUGUACUUUAUUAACACGGUUAAAUCGCAUUCUACAUGAAGCCUAAAGCUACUCAUCCACAAGGCUGCGCAUCUGAUGGUGGUCUGAACGAAGACAUUACCUCACCAUCAUCGACAAAAGUAUUUCCAUCCAAGCUAAAUGUACGCCUCAGUUCUUAAAAUCGAGUUAUGACUUAUGUGCUACAAAAUGUAUAGUAUUUGGUUGCAAGGACCGUUGCAUGUAAAUGGAUGGUUUUACACAAAACAUCGUAUAUUAUUUUACUCAUCUAACACAAUAUGUUUGUAAAAUGGCAUCAGCAUACGUUACAUUCCAAGUUAUGGUUGAUUUUUGUGCAAAAAUUACAGUAUUUGUGUACAAGGACCAUUGCAUGUACAUUAAUGUUUUACAUAAAACAUCGUUUAUUUCUUAUUCAUUGAACACCAUUUUGUACAAUGGUUAAAUCAUACGUAACAUUCCAUGAUAUUUGACGCCUCAUGCAAUAUAUUUUCUAGUCUUCAAUUUAAUGUUAAUUGUUUAUGGAUUUUGUCUAUAUGUAGUUGGAGCGUGUCCUAUGCUUUCUUCGUGUUGCAUUGUCAUUUCUCAUACGCGUUAAAACUUCUAAAACGUGACCAUUUGUUUUUGUCUCAUGUAUAUUAGGCUAUAAUCCUAAACAGCAUUUACUAUGCAACUUGACAGUCUACAGCAGGUUAAUAGUCUGUUAUUUCUUUCAUUUGAAACAAAAAAUAAUAAUGUAAUUGCAUUUUUGAGAGCAUUGUUGUCUCUCAGUUUAAGUAUUCGGUCUAUCGAUCGAGCCAUCGAGAAUUUGUGGAAAAUCUUUACUGUCACACUCAAAGACACGUCUUGUUUUGUCAAUGCCUUAUCUUCAUCAGGGUAAUUAGAUAAUCACACAAUUAUCCAUUAACUACAGUGUGUUUAUGUGCGUUUGUUUCUUGAUUUUCGUUUUCGUCUAGAAGCGAUGGUUCACUGAGAAUAACAUGUACAUUUAGUUAUGUGAACACCAGUUAAAAACGAAGUCUUACGCAGUCAAAUGCUGUAUGUAAGAAUUUCGUAUAUUAUAAGAUAAGAACUGACAAGGUGUUCAGUGGCAUGUACUUGCUUUUUGUGUACGUUAGUAUUUCAAAGUACCCUUUUGUUUUGUAUCAUCCCUACACAAUAUGUAUGGACUGGGAAGAAUAUCACUUUGAUCACGUGUACUCUGAAUUAUGAUGCACACACGGACAUAAUUUACCACAUAUUAGUGGGCAACUUACAAUGAUGUCUCAUCGUUACAAAAUAUUGACAUUGUUCUAUUGUUAUUUGUUAUACCGUUAUAGCUUGUAAAUAAUGUUACAUUAUAUAUUAUUUAUCGCAAAAAAUAAACUUGCCAUGUAUCAA